UUUCCAAACAAGGCAUGAUACCUGUAAUAAUCUUCAGAACGUACUAGAUCACUUAUUUAUAGCAUCCCUCCUGUUUUAACUUCUUAGAGUCCGAGUUCUUUGUUAGAAGGAAGGAUAAAGCAUCAUCAUGACUGAAGCUGAUGCCAUCAAAGAUGAAGGGAAUGUGUUCUUCAAGGAAGGCAGAUACGAAGAAGCGCUGUCCUGUUACACCAGAGCGCUAAAACUCUCCGACAGCGAUAACAGUAGUGCCACCUUUUAUAAGAAUCGGGCGGCAUGUUAUCUCAAAAUGAACAAGAAUGAAGAGGCAUUGAAAGAUACUACAGCAGCUUUAGAAAUCUGCCCGAAUGACCCAAAGGCCCUGUUCAGGAGGUGUCAGGCCUACGAGAAUUUGGACAAAAUGGCUGAGGCGUACAAAGAUGCCGUUCACCUUUUGAAAGUUGAGCCGAAAAACACCGCUGUCCAGCCGAUAUUGCGGCGAUUGAAUAAACUGAUGCAGGAGAAGGUCAUCCAGCAGAACAGCUUCGACAGCAAACUACAGCAGAUGAUAAAUAUCUUGUUUGAUGCGUCGGGGAGUAUGGAGAGGGAAAAGAAAAUUACUGCUGCGAACAAUCUUAUCGUGUUAGCACGAGAUGAGGCGGGGGCCACCGAGAUUAUCAAGAAUAACGGGAUCAAGUUACUCAACACGCUCGUACCGCACAAAGAUCUUGAAUUACUGACGGCCGUCAUCAGAGUGUUCUCAUGUUUAGUGAAACAUCGCCAAGAUAAGGUAAUGGAGAUCUACGAGACCCUCACUCUUAAGAAUAUCAUCAUCGUGAUGGGUCUACCGAAUGAAGAUGUCUCGACAGCCGCGGCUCAUCUUCUACAAUUCAUCAUCAACGCGGUGACAGGAAUUGAGGUCCAGCGGGAAAAGAAAAAACAGCUCGAGGAGGAUAAGAAGAAGUAUAAGAAUUUGCAGGAUAGAUGUCCGCCAUUGAAAUUGGAUGAUGACAUCCAGGAGUUUGUUGAUGAGGUCUUCAUUGCCUUGCUAAAGAUGUUGCCAAAUGGAAAAGUUUCUGGAUUUGGACGGGAUUCUUCGAUGGAGAUUUUGAUCAAGAAUGUUACGCGAAGUGAUGGUCUGGCUUGGACAGCCAAAUUCAUCGAGAAAGGAGGCAUCCAGUGUGUCCUCACAGUCGCUGGAACCAUCAAACAACACAAAACCUUGGAAAUCACGGAACAGUCCCCGAUGCAUUCCUCGAUACUUUUAUCAAAAGUUUACGAUGAUACGUCAGGAGAUAAAGAACGAGAAAAGUACCGAGCUGCGUGCGAGAAUCACCUUGUUGAAAUGCUAGGGGAUGACUCUAUGGAUUCUAAGUUGGAGGCAGUGGAGGCAAUUUGUGCUUUGCUGAGGGGUCCUUUCGAUGCUGGGAAUGCAAUCCUGUCAAGAGAUGGUAUCAUGCCAAUUAUGCUGGCCAUGGCUAACUCAGAGAACCUUAUAUACCAGCGUGUGGCCAUCGAAGCCCUUGUCCUGUCUGCCUCCAAGAAGGACAAAUGCAGCGGGAUCAUCAAGGAUGCUGUACCCAUCCUUAAAGCACUUUACAACUCCAAGAGUGACUCUGUCAAAGUGAGAGCCCUGGUGGGUUUGUGUAAACUGGGCUCCUACGGAGGAACUGAUGCAAGCGCGAAGAGUUUCGCUGAGGGUUCUACACUUACACUAGCCAAGGCAUGCAGGAAAUUCUUAAACGAUUCAAAGAAAGACAUUGACCUUAGAAAGUGGGCCACAGAAGGUCUCGCGUAUCUCACCCUGGAUGGAGACGUCAAGGAAGAGCUGGCAGACGACACCAAAGCCUUGAAAUCUAUCAUUGAUUUGGCAAAGACACCGUACAGCACUCGACUUGGCGGUGAUGACGACAAAAAGCCAGACAGCUCCAUCUUAUACCCAGCGGUCCAGGUGUUCGUGAAUAUGACCAACUCUUACGAUAAGCCCGACAUCAUGCCCGAGAUGCUCGAAUUGGCCAAGUAUUCCAAGCAGCACGUCCCUGAGGAACAUCCCAAGGACAAGGAAGAAUUUGUCAAAGUACGAGUCGAAAAGUUGGUGAAAGCUGGUGUGUGUGGUGCACUCCAUGAAUUGGCAAAAACGGACAGCUACAGCAGCAGGGAACUCUUAGCAAGAAUUUUCCUCGCCAUCACAUCCGAGCCUGCCCACCGAGGUCUAUGCGUCCAGCAAGGUGGUGCUAAAGCUCUCAUCCCUCUCGCCUUGGAGGGGACAGCUGAGGGAAAACUGAGAGCUGCCCAAGCACUCGCUAAGAUAGCCAUUACGAUAAAUCCUGACAAUGCCUUCCCGGGACAGCGGAGCCUGGAAGUAGUACGUCCUCUAAAUCAGCUUCUUCAUAUCGACUGCACGGGAUUACAGAACUUCGAGGCGCUGAUGGCAUUGACGAACCUCGCAUCAAUGUCAGACUCAGUCAGGAAGAGGAUGUUGAAAGAGAAUUGCCUAUCGAACAUAGAGCAUUGGAUGUUUGAGGAGCACGAAAUGAUCAGACGGGCCGCGACAGAGUGCAUGUGUAACCUGGUCAUGUGUGAAGACAUUGCUAAGCUGUUCCUGGGGGAAAAUGACCGUGUGAAGUUGAUGCUGCUCUACGCAGGUGAUGAGGACCCUCUCCUUGUCCGAGCUGCGGCUGGUGCUCUCGCCAUACUCUCAUCGUCCAGGGAGGUGUGCAAUAAAAUUAUUGGGGUGAACAAUUGGUUCGAACUUCUCCAAAUGCUUCUCGUCCAUGAUUUCCCCGACAUCCAGGAGCGUGGCACGUACAUUCUCUUGGGCAUGAUGUCAGCUGAUAAGGAAUUGGCCCAACAGCUUGUGGAGUCACCCCUCUUUGAACUCUUAUUAGCACUCUCAAGAAUCGAGGACGCUGAUCGGGUGAAGACGAAGCAGUAUUCACAACAAGCUUUGGAGAAAGCUGCGGAAUGGGCCCUGGUGAAGCCGAAUAAGGAUGCGCCCAAGAGCUAAGAACUAUGACGAUGAUUUUGAAUGUUUUGAACUUGGAAAAUGUGAAUCUCGGCCAUAGUGAACAACAUAUCCAUGACUGAUGAGAAAUCAUGAUUGUAAUAAGCCUUUUGAUUGGGCAGCGGGAAGUACUUAUGCCAAGGUCACCCAAUCAAGAAACUUCUUACACAAACCCAUGCAAUGCUACUGCUUUGGACCAUUUCAGAACUUGAUUGCAGUGCUCCUUGAAGGUGCUACUUACUCGGUAUUCUUUUGUUGUGAGCUGAGUUUUUGCCUUUAAAGGCCUAUGCCUCGUUUUCCUGCAUGAAAUCUUUAGAACUCUCUCUUCAUCUUAGUAUACCAAUGUAUCCAAUGAUAAAAAACCAGUAUUGACUUGUUUUUUCUCUGCGCUUGAAAUGUCCCUGUAUAAAGUCUGUUACAUGUGCAGCUUUCUAUUUAUUGCAAUACACCUGAACUAUGUAUUACU